AACGUCAACAAAGAGAUACAACUGCAACUUGAGUAAAAGCAGCUUCAUUCUCACAAGGUUGUAACGUUGUUCCACAUAGCUGAUCUUGAUCUGUGAAUAUUGCGUCAUCUACACACGUAAUUGUGAUUGAUUUUUGCCACAGUUUUCUUCCAAAUGGAUCCCUCCGUGUUAACGACAUUGAAAAUCCUCAUUACUGGCGAAAGUGGCGUUGGUAAAUCAAGUUUGCUGCUUCGUUUUACUGAUGACACAUUCGACAAUGAACAAGCUGCUACCAUUGGUGUGGACUUUAAAGUCAAAUUGAUCAACAUUGAUGGAAACAAUGUCAAGUUGGCAAUAUGGGACACAGCUGGUCAGGAGAGAUUUAGAACACUGACACCCAGCUAUUACAGAAAUGCACAGGGUGCUAUUUUGGUGUAUGAUGUGUGCAGUCGACAAUCUUUUUCCAGAUUAGAUGCAUGGUUUGAUGAACUGGAAACAUACGCUACAAACACAAAUAUUGUCAAAAUGUUGAUAGGCAACAAAAUAGACAAGGAACGAAGAGAAGUGAGCAGGGAAGAAGGACUCAAGUUUGCCAAAAAACAUUCAAUGCUUUUCAUAGAAGCAAGCGCAAAAACUAAAGAUGGAGUCCAAAUGGCCUUUGAAGAACUUGUCCAAAAGAUUAUUCAGACGCCUGGUUUAUGGGAAGCUGAUGCGUCCUCUCAAAGAGGUAUGUCCCUCUCCGACAGAACUGAAGGCGGCCAACCUUGGUCAUGUUCGGGUUACUGCAGUUUGGUAUGAAGAGAGAAAUCUGUCAUUCUUAUUGUGUAAAUUUCUUCGGGGUUUGUUUACGAAAUUCGAGACACUUGAUGCGUCUGCUGUCCAACAAUGGACCAACUUUAUUCGUCAUUCGACUAAUUAGUUGGUAAAGAGAAAGCUGCUCAGUUGAGCAAUCAUGGCUUAUUAGUUCUUUAACAAAAAUGUUCUUGUCAGAAAUCCACAUCAUGUCGGUUUGUUUCGGAAAGCGCGUGAAAAUAUACAUUAUUUCAAAAUAA